UGUUUUUCAAUUAUUUGUCAAAUUCGUUUCACUUGUUCGUCGUUCUUUUUUCUCUUUUCAUACUUUGAUUCACAUCAAGCCAUAGAACAUUGCAGUUUGAAACGUUCCAAGUGCAACUGUGUUGUGAUGCAAAAAUGCACUCAAUUCUGACGGAAAAGUUCUAAUUCAGCUUUUCGAUAUUCAUCUUCUUUAUCUUUUUACCGAUUGUUUUAUGAAAUUUACCAUUUUGUUAACAAUGUUACGAUACUUAGAAAAAUAACACGAUUAAUUGCGACUUAAGUAGAGUUGUAAUUAGUAGGAUUAUCACCAAAGAAACAUGGCACAAAGGUUUCCUGUACCAAAUACAGGAAAUAAUGGCCCUCCACCACAAAGGUAUGCUGCAUCAUCUGUACCUCCUAAUUUACGGCAGUAUUCUAGCCCAAAUUUUCCUAUGCAGCAGAGAUCCGGAUUUACUCCUCCUCCACAAAUGGCUAAUGCAGGUCCCGGACCAGCCAGUAUAAUAAGAGCCAAUCAACCAUAUUCGAACAUGCGUCAAGGGCCUAUGCCGACUCCACCUGUUGGAAAAAGGAGCGCAGAUCAACGUAUUCCUAUGUCACAACAGAAACCGUAUUUUUGGAACAGUGAUUUUUCACAUUCCACGUCCAAGAAGAAGAAAAAGCUAGCAGACAAGAUAUUGCCACAAAAAGUGCGCGAUUUAGUGCCUGAAUCUCAGGCUUAUAUGGACUUACUUGCAUUUGAGAGGAAAUUAGACGCGACCAUAAUGAGAAAGCGACUUGAUAUACAAGAAGCACUGAAACGCCCAAUGAAACAGAAAAGAAAAUUGCGAAUAUUUAUUUCAAAUACGUUCUACCCGGCGAAAGAGGCUGGCGAGGGUGAAGAAGGUUCAGUUGCAUCCUGGGAACUUAGAGUCGAGGGACGACUGUUAGACGAUACGAAAAAUGAUCCUAAUAAAGUAAAAAGGAAAUUCUCUUCCUUUUUUAAAAGUCUAGUUAUAGAAUUGGAUAAAGAUCUAUAUGGGCCUGACAAUCACUUGGUUGAAUGGCACCGUACAUUGACAACACAAGAAACUGAUGGUUUCCAAGUGAAAAGACCUGGAGAUAAAAAUGUUCGAUGCACUAUUCUCUUGCUUCUCGACUAUCAACCCUUACAGUUUAAGCUAGAUCCUAGAUUAGCCCGACUUCUAGGUGUACAUACCCAAACGCGACCUGUUAUCAUCUCUGCUCUUUGGCAGUACAUAAAGACACACAAGCUUCAAGACAGUCAUGAGAGGGAAUUCAUAAACUGUGAUAAAUAUCUCGAACAAAUAUUUGCCUGCUCAAGGAUGAAAUUCGCGGAAAUACCACAGCGUUUAAAUCCGUUGCUCCAUCCUCCAGACCCGAUCGUAAUCAAUCACGUUAUUAGCGUCGAAGGUACAGAAACGAAACAGACUGCGUGUUACGACAUAGACGUGGAAGUUGACGAUACGUUAAAAACACAGAUGAACAACUUCCUGUUAUCGACUGCAAGUCAACAAGAAAUCCAGAGCCUCGACAAUAAAAUCCAUGAAACGGUCGAAACGAUCAACCAGUUAAAAACGAACCGAGAGUUCUUCUUGAGUUUCGCUAAAGAUCCUCAGCAGUUCAUCAACAAAUGGAUUAUCUCGCAAACGAGGGAUUUGAAGACCAUGAUAGACGUUGUUGGCAACCCAGAAGAAGAACGCAGAGCAGAAUUCUAUUAUCAACCAUGGGCGCAGGAAGCAGUGUGUAGAUAUUUCUACACGAAGGUUCAACAGAAACGCGCAGAAUUGGAACAGGCGCUCGGUAUAAGAAAUUCAUAAGUAUAAUCGAAGAGGCUUCGCUACAGUGUACGAAGUAAUUAUAUCGAACAAAAGAAAUUAUUAAAAAAGUUAUUAAUAAAGUAUUUGUUUAGACAAAAUUUCUUAUUUAUUAAAUUCGUAUUACAAAAUGUGAAACUGAUAAUAUCACUUCAGUUAAUUAUUUCAAUUUUAUCUUAAUCAAAAGCUGAAUAUUUUAGAACAAUGAAUAAAGUAAUUAUAGCGGACAAAGUAAAAGAUUGAUUAACAUAUAUCUUAUCUCAUAAUGAUCAUUGCUUAAAAUCUUUGUUAGUAAUUUAUUCCAAUUAAGCGAUGAGAUGUUGAAGGAUUUGAAAACAGAUAUGUUAAUUUAUUCCCAUCCUCCAUAGAUUGUCCUUUUAACAUAAUUACUUCGCAUACUGUAUGUAAAGUAUUUAUAUAAAUUUUUCUCUUGUUCCAAUUGCAAAAUCGAUCGAUUAACGUGUCUUACGCUUCAUUCACAAUGCAGUGUCGCUGUGACAUUAUAGUACGAGUGACAUAUUUUUACGAAUAAGAAAUGAUGUAUAGUAAUCAUAGAGGAAUCUCAUGGAUAACAAAUUUAUUUAGUACGAAUACGUAUAUCGAUCUCGUAUAUCUUUAUUCAAGCUAGUUUUUCAGAAGUCUUUUCUAUGAGGAUGUGUAUCGCAAUCAGCUACCGCACACUAUAAAUGCGAGAAACUUCUGUAUAAUAUAACGAAUAAACCUUUGAUAUAACUCGCUGAAACCAUUUUAAACUGAAUUCCAUAUUGAUGAAUAAAUAUUUUCAGUACAAUAAUGUAAUUACUGCAGUUAAGAUUUCAUUUCUUUUCUUGAUUUUUUUUAAUUUUUAAUGAAAGAUUAAAAAAGAUAUUAAGUAUUCUUUCGCACCUCACUACAAAAAAGAAUUAGUCUUUUUAGUGUAACCUGCGCUUAUAAUUGUGAAGUAAUAAAUUUCCAAUUUAUUAAUAUUGAAUACUGUAAUUAGUUCAUUGGGUGAAAGAAAAGGAAAGAAGCGAGCCAUAAAUUUUUCUGUUAUCCAAUUCUUAUUUUGUUUGUGCAAGUAAAUACAAUCUCUUACAUAAUCAGUACAUGUUGAUGCAAAAUAUUGUUUCCUCGUGGAAACGGCAAUAUCGCCAAUUUAAAACGUAAGGAACAAGAGUCCUAAAUUUCUUAUUCUUUAGCUAUUUUUUUUUUUUUUUCAUCGCGGAAGUUUCAAUUUUAUUUCGUCAGUGUAAAAGUGCUUUCCCCUCUUACUUAAGAGUAUUAUGGAUUAAUUUGAUUCAGUAUUACAAUAUUAACAUUCCAAGACAUUCACACGAGGAUGAGAAAUUCCAGUGCCAUUUUACGGAUAUAAAUUUUCGUCUUUCAUCGUGUUUUCUUCUUUUUCUUCGAGACAUUAAUGUAUUCCACGCAUUUCUUGCAAAAAACGACUCACCGAGAAAAUAACGUUGAAAUCGCAUCAUACCAAUUACACACGAGUUCCCUACGCCUUUCUUUUUUUAAAGACACGAAGCCGGAACGAUACAUAUAUAUUACGAAACAUUCUUCACAUGCCAACGAGCAUUACACGCAAAGCACUUGAUCCACGUUUUUAUUUUAUAACGCAGGACGAAAGAACAAAGGAGCCGGUUUCUACAGCGACAUUGUUUUCUGGUGAUAAAAUUUAAAAACUUCAUAAUCUUCUUGUAUUUUUUCCUCUUCUCCGUUUUACGUGCCGAUUCGAUGAACAUAAUUCUAUCGAAGGUCGCAUACCGUUGUACAACACUAAAUCACAAGUGCACCAAUUGAUUGUAUCGUUUCUAGUACAAUAAACUCUGAUUGGAUUCUGACGUCUUCGUUCGACAUAAAAAUCAAUCGCUAAAAUGUGUGUCAUAUAGUCAUAUGACUCCACUUGAUCAAAAGUGAACGAACACGUCACGAUUGCACCGUUUUAUUAUGAGAUCAAGGUUUAUUGUAUAGUACUUUUGUUUUUUACUUCCCUAAUCUUAAUUACACAUUCACAUAUAUUUUGUCGUAUAAAGUUUUAAAUAUAUAUAAUUGAGUGACAA